CGCUUGUAUGGAAGCACAACUCCAAGCUUACAAAAGCUGGCAAUGAGAGUUCUUAGCCUAACUUGUAGCUCUUCAGGCUGCGAACGCAAUUGGAGCGUGUUUGAACAAAUUCACACAAAGAGAAGGAACAGGCUAGGAAUGAAGAAGCUAAAUGACUUAGUAUUUGUGAAGUACAAUGCAACUUUAAAAGCUCGCUUUGACUCUAAAGAUAUCACAGAUCCGAUUGCUUUAGAUAACAUUGAUGAUUGCAAUGAGUGGUUGGCUGGAAAUGUGAAUGCAAGUGCAGCAGAUGACUCGGUUUUCAGUGAUGAUGAAGGUGAUGGCUUGACGUGGGGUGCUGUGAGUAGGGCAACGGGAGCAGAAGAACCAAUAAGAUAUACUAGAAAGCACUCCAGAAAUGCGAGUUCAAGUACUACUCGUAGGCUUGUGGAUGAGGAAAGUGAGGGAGAAAUUGAAGAGGAUGUUGGGGAAUACAAAUCAGAUAAUGGAGAAGAAACUGACUCCUCUUUUAAUGACGAAUAGUCCUUCACAAGUUUAGCGAGGGGAAAUAGGCUCGGAUUUCAGUGUCUUUUAGUUUUACUUUUAGUAUUAAAGCCAUGAAUUCUAAAUUUAGACUUCUGUUUUUGUGAAUCAUGACUUUAUUUUGGUGAAUCCUAGCUUUUUUGAUGCAUUUGGUUCAAUAUGAUGUUACAUACAUCAUAUUUGGUAUUUAUAGAAUAGUAUAUGUGACUUUAUAUAAGUAAUGCGCUUCACCCGAGUCAGGCGAGCGCUUUUUUGCGCUUUGCGCCUCAAGCGCUGGAAGACUCCUAGCGCUUCAGGUGCGCUUUACGCCUUUGACAACCUUGCCCCUGCUAUCUUCUAUUUAUACUAAACUUAUACACUUUAUUCUUAUUAAUACUCUAAUAGGCCCGGUCCUUUAUUCUUAGUAUCUAUAGGCCCGGUCCCUAACAAUACUCCCCCCUUAAACAUCCACCUUGCCCUCAAGGUGGGUGAUAGGACACAGCCACCAAUUUCUUCUUUUCUUUCAUCCUAGCACCCCUCCCUCUCCAAUACAGAUUUGUCUUCUGGAUAUUUUGCUUUACUACUUCCAUCUUCCACUCUAUGUAAUUCAUAGCAUAUUUCCACAGACGCCAGAAAAUUUGAUCCAAAACUUUGAUUCCUGCAGAUUUUUGGAAGACCCAGGUGCGGCCUGCUGCAAUAUAGGGGACAACUACUUCAUGCUUUUGAACAGUAUGAACACUUCUUCCUUCAACAUCCUGUUCACUUGAUGAUUCAUCUCCUUGUAAAAUCACCUUCUGCCCUUGUACUUCCCAUUUGAAGGUCUGACUUUGGAAGUUAAUCUCCGUGUCUCCCAAUCUUGUUAGCCAGUCCAUUCCCAAGACUAAAUCCGUGCUCCCCAGCUCCAAUAAGUAAUAAGUUUGGUGAAUACUAAUUCCUUGCACAUUCAGAUCUACAUCUGCACACCUGCCACAGAUUUGAAUACAUUCUCCAUUCCCUAACUGCACCCUAUUUCCCUGAAAAGGAGUAUAGGGAAUCCUCCACUUUUCCACCUAGCUUAGUGACAUAAAAUUGUGUGUAGCACCUCCAUCAAUGAGUACAUUUACUGUGUUUUCACCUUCAUGCCAUCUCAUUUUACCUGUCACCUUAAAUGUUUUCACAGGGGUUAUGUCUAUCUCAUCACUUAAAGAAAACUGCAUGGUCUUCAAUUCUAGAGGUAUGGUCUUAUCCCUGCCAGAUUCCAGUAAUUCAACUUCAGAAUCAGCUUCACCCUCUGAAUUCUCCACUAGGAUCAUUUUAUAGUUCCUCAUCUUGCAGACAUGUCCUCUUCCCCAAUUUUCACCACAUUCAAAACAGAGUCCUUUCUUGCUUCUGUUUAAUAGUUCUUCUUGGGAUAGUCUGGGACUUGCCUCAUUAGAUACGCAGCUUGGACCUUCUUUCCUGCUUUCAUCUCCCCAUUUCUGGCCUGAAGAUUGGAUCAUGAUAGGAGUAGUCUGCCAUUUCCUCCUUCCUUCAUCCUUAUUUUUCACAAAGAAAGUUUCAGAAUUCUUGUUCUCAAUCGCGGAUGCAGUAUCCAUAACUUCUGCCAACGUCCUAGUUCAAUGUAACUUCAAUUCUGCUCUUAUAUCUCUUUUCAACCCCUUAAGAAAGGCUCCUCUCAAGACUUCUUCAGUUAAGUGGCCUUGUGAAGCGAUAGCCUUUUCAAAUUUAUUUCGGUAUUCCUGAAUUGUCCCUUUCUGUUUCAGGCUAAACAGAGGCCCUAGUGGAUCUUGUACCAUAUCAGGUUGAAAUCGCUUGGUCAAAGCUUGAGUAAAAGAGUCCCAGUUUUGAUGCGUAGCCUGUCUCUCCCACCAUUGAAACCAGUUGAGAGCUUGGUCCUCCAUGGCCACUACAGCGACAUCAAUUUUCUGUUCCUCUUCAGUUUGAUUCAAGCGAAAAUAUCGGUUCAUUCUAACCAACCAUCCAGAAGCAUCUUCUCCAUUAAAAAUAGGUAAGUCGAUCUUUCUACCUGUAUGAUGAGGAUGACGUUCCCUGUGAUGAUGGCGGUGUUGAUGUCGACGUGGAGGAGAAUAGUCGGAAUUGUUUUCCGAUCCCUCUGAACUUGCCGAUUGUCGCGAACGAUGAUGGUGAGGUGAUCGAUGAUGGUGAGAAGUGUGAUGCGAUGUAGAUGUGUGAUGCGAGGCAGAUGAUCGAUGCGACGCAGAUGAUCGAUGCGACCUACUUCUUGAUCGAUCCGUUUUUUUAUUUUUCAACUCGGCAAAUCCAGCUUGCAUCAUCGCCAGCAAUUCUUCGUACUUCGUAUCGAUCUUCGCACCUAAUUCCCGCUGACCUCGCUCGACGUUCCGUUCCAUUUCUGCCAUCCUGCCUUCCAUUUUCUUCCUCGUGCCAACCAUUCACAACUACAACCAGUCUCUGAUACCAAUGAUAAGGAUGUACAGUAAUACAGAAGUUUAUAGAAGAAGAUUCAAGAAAACUAACUGCAAUUUUAUUAGAGAAGAAGAACAGUAAUCGUAACAAAUGGCCGAAGCCCCCAGUUGAGCCGAAGCCCCCCAAAAGAAAGAGAAUAGCUCUCGAUCUUCCCAAGUCCCAGAAUGAUAAAGUCUAAACAGCCUACUAAAUCUCCCCUGCUAUCUUCUAUUUAUACUAAACUUAUACACUUUAUUCUUAUUAAUACUCUAAUAGGCCCGGUCCUUUAUUCUUAGUAUCUAUAGGCCCGGUCCCUAACAUCAUGCCUUUCUUAUAAUAGUUUAAGAAAGCAUGAUGAACUUGUACUUGUCAGGUAAACAGUAAUCUUAGUCAACGUGUUAAAUACAAAAUCAAACUGCAACCUCAAAUCAUCAGGCCAUCUACAUGAACCAAUAGAUGAAAAUCUCUCAAGGUCAUCCACCAAAUCAUCAUCUUCCACUCUUUUCUGCCAUGUACCAUAUGUUCACUAAUUCUAUUUAUUCCAUCUUAAGCUGCAAGCUUCCAUGAAUUAUCAUUAAUGAAGUACGGGACUACCCACUCCAAUGAAUUUCACUAGUUCUAUUUAUCCCAUCAAUGAACUAUCAUUGACGAAGUGUCUCCGUAUGCAUGUUGCAGGCUACAUUACAAUCCAAAUACUUAAGUUAUUCUGGAAACUAAACUGUCCUGCUUCAAUGUAGGUUGCAGCCAAAGGAAUGUGGUUUAUCCUAAUGAACAAACUAAAGUUGUUGUUCAGUUCGAAAAUUUGAAGAGUGAAAUGACCAUUAGUUCAUUUAGCUACCUCUAGUCCUCUACAAAAUUAGUAUUGUGUUGUUGUAAUCAUCGUCUAUAUGUUUGAUAAGGAAUUAUAAGAGACCAUACACACUAGUAGAUUUAUGGAAGUAGGCAUGGGUAGGGGUGGGAUCGGUCCGGUCCGGGUCAGGUUUUUGCUAAACCCAAAAAUUACCCGUAAGGUCGCGGGUUAUGAAAAUUAGGGACCGAAACAAAGCCCACUAUAUUCGGUCCGAGUCGGGUUUUUUGUAGUCCGGGUUUGGUCCGGGUUCAGGUUGGGCCAGUUAAAGCCCAAAUGUGAAAUCGUCUCAUUUUUAUUUUAUAUUUUAAAAUCUAUUUUCAAAUAAAAUUACUCCCUCCGUCCCUUAAAACUUUGCCAUCUUUCCUUUUUGGGACGUCCCAAAAAACUUUGUCACUUUCCCUUUUAAUCAAUUAUUUUAUGGUUUCUGUUAUUUCUCUCUCCUCUGCACAAACCUCAACCAUACAGUUUUUACUUUAUUAUUCUCCGUGCCGGUCAACUUUGGCAAAGUUUUAAGGGACAGAGGUAGUAAUAAAAAGUACAAACCGCAAAUUAUAACACAAAUAUUAGUCUCCAAAAUCACCGAGAAUUCAAAUCCAAAGAAGACAAUUAUCAUAAUAUUUUGUUUAAGAUGCAUAAAAAUAAAUAAUAUAGGUGUUCUAAAAAUGUUACGAAAUAAAAUUUAUGGAUAAAAAUGUGACUAAAGUUACUAUAAAUAUGUGUUCAUGCUCAUUACGGUAAAUAAAUUGAACAUACUUGUAGUCACUAAAAGUUAUUAAGUCAUUUUUUCGUCCACCAUGAUUAUAAUCAUAUACUAGGAAUUAAUUUAUAAAUUAUAUUGGUAUAUUAUAUUGAUUUUAUAUUAAAGCUAAUUGUUUCGGGGUUUUAUCGGUCCGGGUCGGGUUAUAGAUUCUAGGGCCCGUUAAUGAGCCCGAAAUUUCAGGUUCGGUCCGAGGUUUUUUAUUCUGGCUGGUCAAAAAGAAAAAACCCGGACCGAUAUCAUAAUUUGGGCCGGACCAUGGCCGGUUUCCGGGUUUCGGUUCCGUUUUUCCCAGCCCUAGGCAUGGGUGUGCCCACACACUCUCUCUCUUGCAUUCAUACAAGUUAUGCAUUGACUUAAUUCUUAUCCCGAUAUUUCUACUAUGAUCACUUAUCAUAAACACGAAAUAUAAACUUAAAUAAGACACAGGGACCUCAUUAGUGAAUAACAGGAUGCACAAAGGAGGGAGAAUAUAUAAGAGCGAAGGUUCCAACUCAUUUCUAUGGUAAACUAAAGUGGAUCACCAAAUAGGCCAUUACUAAAUUUCGAAGGCACAAUCUUAUCCCAAGGCACCGGAGGAAUAGGCGAUGAGGUAUGCUCGGGCAUUACUGCACUGUGUGCUGAUGUACUAGGCUGAGUAGACUAUAGAUAUGUGGCCGCCUCUCAGUAUUUCAUGACAUCUACAUCCACAACACCUCUUCCUAGACACUACGACGUGAUAGAGUGGUCCUUCAGCCUCGUAACCGGCACAGACACCCUCGACCACAGGCACAACC